AUGACGGAUGCAACGCCCUCCGAGCCGAUUGCUGUUGUCGGCCUGUCAUUGCGUUUGCCCGGUGAUGCCAACGAUCUCGACGGCCUUUGGAGGCUUCUGGAGAGUGGCGAGCCAGCCUGGACACCGGUGCCGGAAGAUCGGUACAAUGGAGAGGCCUUCUACCAUCCCAGUGCGGAUGACCCCAAUGGCACCAGCAACCACCCGGGAGGGCAUUUCAUCUCGGGCGACAUCCGUGACUUUGACCACACAUUCUUCCACUUCUCCAAGCCCCAGGCGGCGGCGAUCGAUCCUCAACAGCGACUUCUGAUGGAACUUGCCUACGAGGCACUCGAGAGUGGCGGCAUCUCGCGCGAAAGCGUGGCCGGAUCCGCGACCUCCGUCUAUGCGGCCCUUUUCCCAACGGACUAUGAUCGACAGCUCUACAAAGAUCCCCUAGACCUCCCUGCCUACUACACGACAGGCGUGGAAAAGGCCAUCCUCUCCAAUCGUAUCUCGCACGUGCUAGACCUGCGGGGCCCCUCGAUGACGCUGGACACGGCAUGCUCCGGGGGUCUUGUCGCCUUACAUCUGGCGUGCCAAAGUCUGCGGGCGGGUGAAUCGGACACCGCGCUGGUAGCGGCCUCAAACCUGAUACUGGGUCCGGAUCACGCUAUCGGUCUGAGCAACCUGCACAUGCUCAGCAGCACUGGACGUUGCUAUCCAUUCGAUGACCGCGGGGAUGGCUAUGGUCGGGGCGAAGGUGUGGUCGUGCUGGUUCUGAAACGCCUGGAGACGGCCAUUCGCGAUCGCAACCCGAUUCGCACAAUCAUUCGGGGCACAGCCAUUAAUCAGGAUGGUUAUACCCCGCAGGGUAUCACAUAUCCUAAUGGCCAGGCGCAGGCCGACCUGGCUCGAAAGGCAUAUGCUGGCGCUGGACUACGCCCGGAGGAGGUUGCGUAUAUCGAAGCCCACGGAACAGGAACCAAAGCAGGGGACAAGGAGGAGUUGGAAAGCAUUGCGGAGGUCUUCGCCAGUGCGUCGAGCCGAUCAGGGCCUUUGCUUGUGGGCUCCAUCAAGGGUGCCAUCGGCCACACCGAAAGUACGGCCGGGUUGGCCAGCUUGCUCAAAGCGACCGCGAUGCUUGAGCACGAGCUGAUCCCUCCCGUCGCCGGCUUUGCCAAUCCCAAGCCAGGCUUGCCGCUGGAUCGAAUCGAAGUGCCGACAGCCGUGAUCCCCUGGCCUCAUACGACAGGGAUCACGCCUCGUGUAUCUAUCAACAGCUUCGGCUUUGGCGGUGCCAAUGCGCAUGCCAUCCUAGAGCGCGGGCCACGAACCAGUCGAGACCACGAGACCAACUUCACUACAACACCACGCCUUUUUACUCUCUCAGCCAAUAGCUCAGUGUCAUUGAAGGCCAUGAUCACGGCGCACCACGACUGGGUCCGACAGCGUGCGGAAAGGACGCCAUUAGCCGACGUCUCCUAUACGCUCUUACACCGUCGCUCCGCCUUGCCGUAUAGAUUUAGCGUCGUAGCCGACGAUCACGCCUCACUGGCGGAAGCCCUUGGACAGGGAGUCUCGCUUUCUGCGACAAAGCCGUUUCCCUCCGAGCUGGACUUGGUCGCGGUAUUCACCGGACAGGGUGCCCAGUGGGCCGGUAUGGGCCGAGAGUUGCUUCUAGAAUCGACCCCAUCAUCGAUUUUCCGGGACUCGAUCCGCGCCUCGCGCGCCAUUCUGCAUCAGCUAGGUGCUACCUGGAACCUGGAAGCAGAACUUCUUCGAGACUCGACAGAGUCCCGCCUCGGCGAAGCCGAGCUUGCACAACCGGCAACAACGGCGGUCCAGAUCGCCCUCGUCGCCUUGCUUCGAGCACAGGGUGUCCGGCCGCGUGCUGUUGUAGGUCACUCGAGCGGUGAAAUCGCCGCCGCGUACACGGCGGGUCAUAUAUCACACGAGACAGCCAUUCGAGUUGCAUACCACCGUGGCUUCAUGGCGGCCGCGGUCAAGGCCCAGGGUCUGGGUCGCGGUGCCAUGUUGUCGGUCGGGCUGGGAGAGCGCGACGCCUCUCUAUAUCUAGAUGGCUUGACCAAGGGGACGGCCAUCGUCGCUUGUGUCAACAGUCCUCGUAGCGUGACUAUUUCGGGUGAUGCAGAUGCUGUGGAUGAGGUGGAGCGGCGCAUUGCUGCCGCGGAAAACGGCACAUUCCACCGGAAACUCCUUGUCGAUACGGCAUAUCACUCACACCAUAUGCAAGCCGUCGCUGACAAUUAUCGGGCGCGCCUAGGCCAUGUACAGGUCGAGACGACCUCCUUCUGUCGGGAUGGGGACGACGUCGCAAUGUAUUCGUCCGUCAACGGUCAGCGCAAGACAACCGGGUUUGACGAGGAGUACUGGACGGCGAACCUGGUGUCCCCGGUGCGCUUCACGGACGCCGUUCAAGCCCUAGCAAAGGCGCGCCAUCGACCUGGACAACAUGUCUCUUUCGUAGAGAUUGGCCCGCACCCAGCGCUGGCGGGCCCUGUCCGCCAGAGUCUCCAGGCCCCAGAGGUGCCCACAUUAGCCUUCGAUUACCACGCGACCCUCCAGCGCAAGGUGGGAGCCACUGCGAGUGUCCAAACUCUGGCAGGAAAGCUCUUUGAGCGCGGGGUUGGCAUCUCGUGGGAUGCCGUGUCAGCGCUGGCCCCUGGCGCCGAUACCGCGGUGGUGCGACACGAUUUACCUGCCUACACCUGGGACCACUCGACGAAGCAUUGGUACGAGUCCCGGGUUGCGCACGCAUAUCGUCAGCGGAAGGAGCCGUACCAUGAUCUUCUCGGUGUGCGCAUACCGGAUGCAACUGACAUCGAGCCCCGGUGGCGACACUUCCUGAGCCGAGCGACCUUGCCAUGGCUGGAGGACCAUGUGGUCGACGGUUUGACCAUCUUUCCUGGGGCCGGGUAUGUCUGCAUGGCCAUUGAAGCCGUUGCCCAACUGGUCCGCCAAGAGCUGCCCCAUCGUUCGCUGGAGACAGUAGCUCUCCGGAAGAUUGCGUUCAAGCGUGGGCUAGUGGUGCCAGAGAGAGGGCGUGUGGAGUUACAAUUGAGUCUACAACGGCAGGCCGGUCUUGAUCAGGCGUUUCGUUUCACGAUCAUGGCGCUCCCUGACGGUGGCGACGUGUGGUACGAGCACGCCACCGGCAUAGUGGAGGCUGUGCUGGCCGACGAAGACAACGAUGCUAUCACCCAGGCAAGCCCCGAGGAGUCUCCUCAGCUUCCACCAGACAGUUCCACAGUGCCGAAGGAGGCCCUAUAUUCCGACAUGGAUGCCGUCGGAAAUACAUACGGUCCUGCAUUCGCCGGGCUUGACUACCUGACGGUGUCAGGGGAUGCGUCGCAGGGGCUGUCUUCGUUUAAGAUCCUUGACAUUCAAGCCUCGAUGCCGGCCCAGCACCAACAUGCACACGUCAUCCACCCAUCCACCCUUGACAUUGUAUUCCACACGGCAUUGCCACUUGUGGGCCGGCAGCUGGGCCCUGGAUCGAUCAUGCCCGUGUACAUUGACGAACUUCUCAUUUCGGCCACUCCCUCCUUAGAAAGUCCAGGGUCACAAUUGGACAUCUCGACGCUGCUCACUUCCAGUCAUUUCCGCACCGCCGUGUCAGACAUGUCCGUAUUCGCCAGUCGACAUCGAGUGCUCUCGAUUGCGGGCAUGGAGUUCAGGAGUCUAUCCUCCAGCCUCGGAGGGGGCACGGAUGCCGCUAACACGGUCAACGGUACUGUGGACCGCAAGAUUUGUUACGAGCUCGAUUGGAAAUCCGAUAUCGACUUCGCGCGGGUUGAGGAUCUCCCGGUUGAUCCUGCUUUAGCGGACAUCAUCGAACUUCUGAGUUUGAAGCGGGAUCGGGUUUUAACUAUCGGGCUCGGUGCUAGCGUGGACCUGUCGGAAGGUUUCCUCAAUGCCAUUCAGUCUAACGGCUCCAACACCAAUCCCAAUAAAAUUGUGGCGCACGAUUUUGUCGAUGCUACUCCUGGCCGUUUCGAUGAUGCCGCCGAGCGCAUCAAAAAGGUUCCUAUUCAAUUCCGAACGCUUCGCCCCGGUACAAAUCCCGUUGCCCGUGGGUUUGAGCCAGGUGUGUAUGACAUUGUUCUAGCUACAUCGGCUAAGUGGUUAAGUCAAGCCGCGGUGUUGGUGAGUCCGGGAGGUAUUGUCCUGCUGGUGUUUAAUCCCCGGGACUCCAAAGAUGAUACGUGGCGUGACAAGCUGGAAAAGACAGGAGAUACCCCGCUGGAGGCGCUUCUGGCUUUCCGUGAUGAUGCUGGUAGAUUAAUUGCAGUGGCAAAGCCAGCCAUCACACAGCUUCCGUCGAACAUAUCCAUAUUGACCCACUCGACACCGAGUGCUGCACUUACCAACUGGGUCUCUGCAUUGACAAAGGGACUGCAUGCUCGAAAUGUCGAAGUAUCGCUUGACCGACUCGGCCAGGACACAGUCCAAUCACUCCCCAGCAACGCGACGGUCAUUGUCGCCGACGACCAUGCCGACAUACCUAUUUUGAAUGAUCCUGCCGCCUUUGAUGCAACUAGCACUCUCCUGAGGCGGCCAUCCCGUGUUGUAUGGGUCAGUCCCGACGACCCAACACCAUUUCAUCAGAUCGAAGGUGUUGCCCGGACCGCCCAUGCCGAAAACGACGAUCUCCGUCUUACCACGGUCCAUGCUGCAUCGACUUGGCUUGCAGAUCUACUCGGGAUCGAACGACUGAUCGAUGUUGUCGUACGCGCAGCGAGUCAUAUAUCCCACGAUCGCAUUCCUCACAUUGAGCGUGAGUAUCGAAUCUAUUCAAACGGCGCCGUGGUCAUCCCUCGUCUAAGCCGCAGCGAAACACUUAACGGUGCUAUCGCAGACAAGAGCAACGCUGGUCCCGAGACGCAGCAACAUCGCUUCGCAGAUAUCGAACAGAACCUAAUAAUCUCUCCCAAUAAUCCGGAACUGUUCGUCGUCCACAACGAAUUGCAGGCGGCCCCCUUGGCAGCUGAUGCCGUCGAGGUAGAGACCCAGACUUUUAUCAUAUCCAGACCCGAUUCAAGAGCCGCGGUCGGUCCAUUUGUAGGCGUGGUGACAUCAGUUGGCGCUAAUGUGAACUCUUUGUCUCCUGGAGAUCGCGUUGUCGCUCUGGCUACCGUUGCUGGUGCCAAUAGACUGCGCGUCCUGGCUUCUCAUGCUCGCCGUCUUUCGUCCAACGUGCCGUCUACCUUGGCAUCCGCCAUACUGCUCGAUACAAUGGCCGCAUCGUUUGCACUCCGAGAUAUAGCUCGCCUGCUUUCAAGUGGGGGCACCGUUCUAGUCCAUGGUGCCUCCACUGCCGCAGGCCGGGCUACUAUUGCCGUCGCUCGAUUGAUCGGUGUUCGGGUCAUUGCAACCGCUACAAGCUCAGUGGAGGCUCGCUUGCUGAAAGAGCAAGUGGGUAUCGACGAGGCCAAUGUGCUUGUAGCCCGUCCUUCGCUCCACCGCCGCUUGCCACGCGAUAUCUUUGCCGAGGGACUCGACGCUGUCAUACAAACCACCGACGAUGCAGCUCCCGCCGAAGCGUUGGCAUUCAUCAAGCCCUUCGGAAGUGUUGUGGUCGUCAGCCAUCCGGACACACGCGUUGCUUUGCCGCCGAAGAUGCCGCCAAAUGUUGGAGUACAUUCCAUCGACAUCACCGGCCUCCUACAAGCUCGUCCCGAUCUGACUGCCAGCCUCCUUGCCGCAGCCACGGUGGCGUUAGAGCACAUUCCACUCGCCCAUUUUAAUAUCCCGGUUCGCGAUGUCACCGAAAUCGCCGAAGCGCUCAGACUGGUUAAUACCGGCGUUCACACAAAGGUUGUGCUUCAAAUCGGUCCCGAGUCGACAGUACCAGUCAUUCCGGCCGCCAAACCCAACCCCUGGGCCCUUGAGGAUGCUACUUAUGUAAUUGCAGGUGGUUUGGGUGACAUUGGACAACGAUUCCUGUUCCGGGUUGCGCAGCGCGGUGCCAAGCAUGUAGCGACGAUAAGCCGCCGCGCUGUUGACCCGGACACUCGUCGAUCGCUGGAAGCGAAGCUGGAAGCCAUCCGUCCGGGGAUUCGGCUGUAUACUCUUCAGGGCGAUGUGACAUCUGAAUCCAGUGUCCAAGCAGCAGCAGCAUCACUUUAUCGGCAGGGUGCGCCUCAAGUGCGGGGAGUUAUUCAGGGAGCAGUAGUUAUGAAGGAUCGACCUCUGGAGCUUACCACAUACGAAGACUUUACCACCGUUACCAAGAUCAAGGUGGACGGCACGCUGGCUCUCCAUCGCGUCUUUGCAUCUCCUGACCUGGCAUUCUUCCUCUCUCUGUCCUCUAUUUCUAGCCUCGUCGGUGCUAGUGCAGAGGCCAGCUACAAUGCCGGCAAUGCGGUCCAGGAUGCCCUUGCGCAUCCGGAUCCGAACUCAUCCAGCCAGACGCGUUUCAUAACGGUCAACCUGGGGUGGAGUGAGGGUGCUACCCUUACAGUGGAUGAUGAGACUCGUCAGGGCGCCCUUCGUCGCGCCGGUUUCCGUCUCAUUGGCCUCGAGGAGCUCAUACGCUUUAUCGACCAUGUCCUCGGUGCUGCGGUAGACCCCGGUGUACGCACGCCUUCGCAUGCCAUCAUCGGGUUCGAUGCCGAGUCUCUGGCCGACGCCACGGCUGGAAAUGGCACCAUCCAUUCGGCGCUUUUUAGCCAAGUCCGUGACGACGAGGGCAAGAGUCUCUCUGCGGACGGGGCAGAUGGAGGUGUGUCGACUGGACAGACCUUUGAACAGGCGAUUGCCGAGGGAAGUGAGGCCGUGACGGACUUUAUUUCUCGCACCAUGACGGACCAACUAGCUCGGUUGAUCUCAGUAGAUGCUAGCAGCAUUGACGCCCAGCAAGGCUCAAUCAUGGCAUUGGGACUAGAUUCACUGGUUGCUGUGGAGUUGCGAAACUGGAUCACGCGACAGUUCGAAGCACCGCUGCAGUCUUCGGAGAUCUUGGUAAAUCAGACAGUGCACGGAUUGGCUGAAAAGGUUGCAACGCGGUCCAAAUUGGUAGGCCGCACGGAGGCUGCAGGUGUGUAA